CUGCGCCGACUACCGCAUCAUCACUGCCUGUUGAACUCUUCUGAGCAAGAGAAGCGGAGGCAGGUUACCGGAAUUAGGUGGAAGAUUCAGCCAGGCUCAAGGAUGGAGGUGCAGUUAGGGCUGGGGAGGGUCUACCCCCGGCCACCGUCCAAGACCUAUAGAGGAGCUUUCCAGAAUCUGUUCCAAAGCGUGCGCGAAGUGAUCCAGAACCCGGGCUCCAGGCACCCUGAGGCCGCGAGCGCGGCACCUCCUGGCGCUCGUUUGCAGCAGCAGCAGCAGGAAACCAGCCCCUCGCAGCAGCAGCAGCAGCAGCAGCAGCAGGUUGACGAUGGCUCUCCCCAAGCCCAGAGCAGAGGCCCCACAGGCUACCUGGCCCUGGAUGAAGAACAGCAGCCUUCACAACAGCAGUCAGCCCCGGAGUGCCACCCUGAGAGCGGCUGCGUCCCAGAGCCCGGAGCCGCGGCGGUGGCCAGCAAGGGGCUGCCGCAGCAGCCGCCAGCACCUCCGGACGAGGAUGACUCAGCUGCCCCAUCCACGUUGUCCCUGCUGGGCCCCACUUUCCCGGGCUUAAGCAGCUGCUCAGCCGACCUUAAAGAUAUCCUGAGCGAGGCCGGCACCAUGCAACUACUUCAGCAACAGCAGCAGGAGGCAGUAUCCGAAGGCAGCAGCAGCGGAAGAGCGAGGGAGGCCGCUGGGGCUGCCACCUCCUCCAAGGACAGUUACCUAGGGGGCACUUCGACCAUAUCUGACAGCGCCAAGGAGUUGUGUAAGGCAGUGUCAGUGUCCAUGGGCUUGGGUGUGGAGGCGUUGGAGCAUCUGAGUCCUGGAGAACAGCUUCGGGGGGAUUGCAUGUACGCCCCGCUCUUGGGAGGUCCACUCGCUGUGCGUCCCAUUCCCUGUGCCCCACUGGCUGAAUGCAAAGGUUCUUUGCUGGAUGACGGUGCAGACAAGGGCACUGAAGAGCCUGCUGAGUAUACCCCUUUCAAGGGAAGUUACACCAAAGGACUAGAAGGCGAGAGCCUGGGCUGCUCUGGCAGCAGCGAAGCAGGGAGCUCCGGGACACUUGAGCUGCCCUCCACUCUGUCUCUCUACAAGUCCGGAGCACUGGAGGAGGCCGCAUCGUACCAGAGUCGUGACUACUACAACUUUCCGCUGGCCCUGGCCGGGCCGCCGCCCCCUCCGCUUCCUCCCCAUCCCCACGCUCGUAUCAAGCUGGAGAAUCCGCUGGACUACAGCAGCUCCUGGGCAGCCGCUGCAGCGCAGUGCCGCUUUGGGGACCUGGCGAGCCUACAUGGCGGGGGAGCAACGGGACCUGGCUCCGGCUCGCCCUCAGCUGCAGCCGCCUCUUCCUGGCACACUCUCUUCACCGCCGAAGAAGGCCAGUUGUAUGGGCCGUGUGGUGGGGCUGGCGGCGGCGCAGGCGAGUCUGGGGCCGUAAACCCCUAUGGCUACUCUCGGCCACCUCAGGGGCUGGCGGGCCAGGAAGGCGACUUCCCUGCACCCGAUGUGUGGUAUCCCGGCGGCGUGGUGAGCAGAGUGCCCUAUCCCAGCCCCAGCUGUGUCAAAAGUGAGAUGGGCCCCUGGAUGGAGAGCUACUCUGGACCUUACGGGGACAUGCGUUUGGAGACUGCCAGGGACCACGUUUUGCCCAUAGACUAUUAUUUUCCACCCCAGAAGACCUGCCUGAUCUGUGGGGAUGAAGCUUCUGGCUGUCACUAUGGAGCUCUCACUUGUGGAAGCUGCAAGGUCUUCUUCAAAAGAGCUGCCGAAGGGAAACAGAAAUACCUAUGUGCCAGCAGAAAUGACUGCACCAUUGAUAAAUUCCGAAGGAAAAAUUGUCCAUCUUGUCGUCUCCGGAAAUGCUAUGAAGCUGGAAUGACUCUGGGAGCCCGAAAGCUGAAGAAACUUGGUAAUCUGAAGCUACAGGAAGAAGGGGAGACUUCCAGCGCCACCAGCCCCACUGAGGAGUCAAGCCAGAAGCUGACGGUGUCACACAUUGAAGGCUAUGAAUGUCAGCCCAUCUUUCUGAAUGUCCUGGAAGCCAUUGAGCCAGGCGUGGUGUGUGCUGGACAUGACAACAACCAGCCUGACUCUUUCGCAGCCUUGCUCUCUAGCCUCAAUGAACUGGGCGAGAGACAGCUUGUUCAUGUGGUCAAGUGGGCCAAGGCCUUGCCUGGAUUCCGCAACUUACAUGUGGACGAUCAGAUGGCAGUCAUCCAGUACUCGUGGAUGGGGCUCAUGGUGUUUGCCAUGGGCUGGCGAUCCUUCACCAAUGUCAACUCUAGGAUGCUCUAUUUUGCCCCUGAUUUGGUUUUCAAUGAGUACCGCAUGCACAAGUCUCGGAUGUACAGCCAGUGUGUCCGAAUGAGGCACCUCUCUCAAGAGUUUGGAUGGCUCCAAAUCACACCCCAGGAAUUCCUGUGCAUGAAAGCACUACUACUUUUCAGCAUUAUUCCAGUGGAUGGGCUGAAAAAUCAAAAAUUCUUUGAUGAACUUCGAAUGAACUACAUCAAGGAACUCGAUCGUAUCAUUGCAUGCAAAAGAAAAAAUCCCACAUCCUGCUCAAGGCGCUUCUACCAGCUCACCAAGCUCCUGGACUCUGUGCAGCCUAUUGCAAGAGAGCUGCAUCAGUUCACUUUUGACCUGCUAAUCAAGUCCCACAUGGUGAGCGUGGACUUCCCGGAAAUGAUGGCAGAGAUCAUCUCUGUGCAAGUGCCCAAGAUCCUUUCUGGGAAAGUCAAGCCCAUCUAUUUCCACACACAGUGAAGCAUUGGAAUCCCCCAUUUCUCUCCCCAACCCCACUCCCCUUUUCAGAUGUCUUCUGCCUGUUAUAACUCUGCACUACUCCUCUGCAGUGCCUUGGGGAAUUUCCUCUAUUGAUGUACAGUCUGUCAUGAACAUGUUCCUUAGUUCUAUUUCCUGGGAUUUUUUUUCUCUUUUCCUUUUUUUUUCUUCUUCCCUCCCUAUCUGACCCUCCCAUGGCACCUUCCAAUUCUGCUCCCUGUCGUGGCUACUAUCUGUGUUUUGAAUGGUGUUGUAUUUCUUUAAAUCUGUGAUGAUCCUCACAUGGCCCAGUGUCAAGUUGUGCUUGUUUACAGCACUGCGCUGUGUGCCAGCCACACAAACGUUUACUUACCUUAUGCCACGGGAAGUUUAGAGAGCUAAAAGUAUCUGAGGAAAAAAAGCAAAAACCAAAACAAACCAAAAAAAAAAAAAAUAGCAAAAAAGCAAAAAAAAAAAAAAAAAAAAAACCUUGCUAGGGUUUUUUGCUUAAAAAACUAAAUAAAAACAAACAAACAGAAAUCCCCAAAGAGGCCAAUAGUGACUAAAAGAAGGUGAAAAUUGCAGGCCCAUGGGGAGUCACUGCUUUUUUUCAUCCCCUUCCUCCCUGGGAGACUUUAUUUUCUGCAAAUGGCAAUUGCCAUUAGAGGGCAGGGUGAUCCCAGGGCUGAGUUGGGGAGAAGGGACAGAGAGAGAAGAGGAAAAGGAGGGCAGAUCAUCAGUACCUGCCUUGGCCCCUGGGGGCAAGACUGCUCAACUGCAGUGUAAUUCAUUGUACUGAAAAUGUGCUUCUUGUUUGAAAACUUGUCUGCAUGCGAACGCCUCCCCCAUCCCAAACCCUUUCCUCUCUCACCCUCUGCCUCCACCCUCAAGUUGACUUUCAAUCGUUUUUCUAAGAGCUUUGAACUGAAUGUUCUCUUUAGCCAAAACUUGGCCACUUCCACUGGAGAGUCAGACUAGUGAGAAGAAGGAGAGGAGAGAUCUGACCCUUUAGAAGGCCCCAUUUGGAUCCAGGUCAGCUUUCUCAUGUGUGAGCCAAGGAGGAGCUUGCAGCUGGAGUCAAAGGAGAAAGAAGUGAUGGCUUGGCUGUUCUCCUGCUUACGACACUAAAUAGUUGAUCCCUGACUGCCACCACAUUUCCCUACCUUAAAAAGACCUGAAUGAAGUUUUUUGCCAGAUUCCAUGUGGCCACAAGCUCCUUCCACCCCUACUUCAGUCUUUUGGGGGCCUGAAACUCGCCACACUGCAUUUCAGCCAUGGUGGUGAAGCUUGUUCACCUCUUUGGACAUGCUCACAGACUCUCCACUAAGAGCCCCCACCACCAAGAAGGCUAGCAGUCCAGCAGCGCUGACAUCUAUUUCCAGAUGCCAGUAGUCUCAAAGACUUCUUACCAGAUAGCUCUCAUCAACAUCAGAUCUGUGGCACCCUCAGACUAACUGGGAAGAAGGCAUCAUUGGGUUUGGACAAACUGGGCGUCUUGCCCUUGUCCCCCAGAGAUAAUACCCUCCCACCAAGUGGAGAAAUGCCCACUUCCUUCUUGAGGACAGCUAAAAGAGCUACCCAGAUCAGGGUUGAAGAGAAAACUCAAUUAGUCCAAAAACUGCAAUCAUGAAGGAUGAAGGUGCUAGAACCAGAAACCCUGCAAGUGCUCUUCUUGGCACCUAACAUAUCCACCUGCAGAAGUCACAAGAAGAAGAGAGACUGAACCAAGAGAACUCUGAAUACUAAAUUAAAGUAUUCAGAGGCAAAUCUUAAAGCCAGAUGGGCACCAUCUGGUGAGUUUACUCAUCAUCCUCCUCUGCUGCUGAUUCUGGGCUCUGACAUUGGCCAUACUCACUCAGAUUCCCCACCAUCGUUGCUGCCUCUCAGUCAAAGGGAGGCUGAGCCAUUGAGACUUUCAGCAGAACCAUGGCUUCCUUUGGAAAGGUCUGGUUGGUGUGGCUCUGAUAUGCUGCCACCCAUGAACACAGGGUGUGCUCCUGGGACACUGGUUUUGUAUAGUCCUUUGGCACACCUGUAUUCUGUUGACUUUGUUCCCCAACCCUGAGUGCAGGGUAAAUGUCCACCUACUUUCUCAUCUUGGCCACUGCCUCGUCACUUAGCAAUUAACCUCAUCUGUUGAACUCAAGAAAUCAGGCCCCAGUCACCCACCUGCCCAUUUUAGUUGGUUCACUCUGCUUCUUGAGAAGAUAGUUUCUGAGUGAAAUGAUAUGAUCCACAUGGGUUUCCUCCCCUGAUUUCUGUGUUGAUAUUAAUAGCCAAAUGAACUUGCAAAACAAUUUCUUUAAAUAACAGGGAAGAAGGGAACCUAAGAUGGAUGAUACGCCAAUCUAAGACUGCUGGACAAAACUACAGCUGACAGGUUCCCUUUCUGGGGUAGAAUAGACAAAUUCUGGUUUUCUUUGUUAAAGCACCAGCUGGCUUAUGUACAGAAUUACUUUUAGCUGUUUGAAACAGAAAAAAAAAAUAUUCACCACUCUUUUCAGUUAAACUAGGUUACAUUUUAAUAGGUCCUUUACAUCUGUUUUGAAACAAUUUUCAUCUUUUGUGGUACGUGGACUGGAUUUUAUCAUUCUAAUACCUCUCGUUGUAAAUACUAGAGGCUCUUCGUUCCAUUUCUCUAUGAAAUUUUUCAUCUUUAUGGAUUUCCCAAUUGUGACUCUUGUCUUUAUGAAUAUAUACAUUUUUCACUUGCAAAAGCCCCAAAUCAGUGAAACAGUGUGUAAUUAAAAGCAACAACAACUAGAUUACUCCUGAUUUCCAAAUGGCAAGACCAGGGGAGCAAUGGCCUAAACAAGCCUUUAGGUCUGCUGUUUCUGCGCUGGGGUUUGAGUGAGCAAAGGAGAUUUAAGCUCUGUUCUCUCACAUGUGAAAAGGGGGAGGAUUUUUUUGUUUUGUUUUGGCCAUUGAUGUUCCAGACAGAAGUCUCAUUUUGCAUGCACUCUGCUCUACAAACAGAGUUGGUGUGGUUGGUACACUGUGCUCACCCAUGAAGGACUGGCCACCCGGACCCACUCACCUGGUGAGCUAGAAGAUGGGGAUCACUCACCAGACAAGCCAUGGGGACCAUCUCCAAAGAAGUGCUUGAUGAGGAUGGAAGAGAAAAAGAAGGAGCACCUGGGAGAAAGCCCCAUCUGUGCUGGGCAGCAGACAGCUGCCAGGGUCACGAACUCUGUGGUCAAAGAAAAGAGUCGUGUGGCAGUUUCAGCUCCCAUUCACUAGGCAGCUCACCUGGGCCUGGCCUCUGAGCUGACAUGGGGAUUGGAUCCUUUGUUCCAUAGUUUUUCUAUGCCACAGGCAAUACUGUUGUUCUUGGAAAGUUCAUUAUUUUUUUAAAUUACCUUACUCUGAGAAAGGGAUAUUUUGAAGGAUUCCGUCAUAUAUCUUUGAAAAGAAUCAGUAAUAAGUAUAUUUUUGUGUAUGUUUGCUGGCACUAAAAUCAAACAAAAGGAACUUCACUCUGUCCUUUGGGUAGUUGCUAAGGUAACUGUCCAGGUUGAGAAAUAAUGUGCUGAUGCUAGAGUCCCUCUCUGUCCAUACUGUACUUCUAAAUACAUAUAGGCAUAUAUCACAAGUUGCAUUCUACUUGUACUUUAAAAGAAGAUAUGUCCACCAUCCACAUGAUAAUGACACAAGUGAACUAACUUUGAGCUUCAAGUAGCUUCUAAGUGUUUGUUUCAUUAGGCACAGAACAGACAUGGCCUUGCCCCCUUCUCCCCCUUGAUAUCCAAUAGGGCACAAAGUUCCAAGCCACUCCCUCUGCCCCUUCCCAGCCCUGCACCAGUGCUGUACUUAAGGAGACUCUCUCCAGACAGCCCAGUAACUAUCCCUGCAUGGCCCCUGCAUAGCCCUGGAAAAACUGGAGGCUGACUACUAAUUAUCCUGUGCCAGUUGCCCAGGUGAGAGGGCACUGGGCCAAGGGAGUGGUUUUUGUGCUUGACCUACCAUAGGGGGUCAUGGGAAUCAGGAAUGCUAAAGCACCAGAUCAAACCCCAAACUUAAAGUCAAAAUAAGCCAUUUAACAUGUGCAACUUCUUGGAAAAGGAAGUUUCUACCCCAAUGCCUUUAUAGGCAGAUUUAUUCUUACCAUUAAUCUCUUUGAAAAUCUUUGAAAGCAGUUUUUACAAAAAGACAAAAAAAAAAAAAGAGAUGAAAGCAUCACAUUAUGUAACCAAAGAUUACAUUGUAUCUGCUAAGAUGCCAAAAUUUCUAAGGGCAGGGAGGGAGCAAACAUUAGUGCCUCUUUGGUAAGCUAUCCAAAGAUAGACUAAAGGACUUUGCUGGUGACUGACUUAUAAGAGUUUUGUGGGGCUUUCCCACCCUCACAAUAUAUUGAUACAUAUUUAGAAGAGUUGAACAUAAUUUGGGAAAAAUGGGAUUAUGGGUCCUUCACUAAGUGAUUUUAUUAGCAGAACUUGCUUUCCUUUUCUCUAGUAGUUGCUGAGCAAAUUCUUGAAGCUCCAUCAUUGCAUGGUUGGAGAUGGAGCUGGUGUUCACCGCUGUGUUUGCUAGUGCCCAUGUUAGCUUAUCUGAAGAUGUGAAGCCCUUACUGAUAAGGGGAGCAUUUAAAGGACUAGAUUUUGCACUAGAAGGACAGCAGGCAGAAAUUCUCAUUUCUGCCCACUUUGGACGGCACAAAAAGUUCUCUGUGGUUUAAGGCAGAAGGUUGAAAUAUAUUGUAAAUGAGUAUUUGUAUCCAUGUUUCAAAAUUGAAUUAUAUAUAUAGAUAUAAUGUGUUCUGAUAGCUUUACCUUUCUCUGCACCUUUAUAUUUGGUUCCAGAUCAUAACUGAUGCCAUAUACUUGUGAGAGAGGCUGCAGUUACAUUUUGGAAGCUCAGAACAGACAAGACACCGGGAUCAAUCAGAUAACUAAAAGAUCGCUCCCCUAUUGGGCCUGACUCACAGGCCUUGCAAAGGGGCACAGGAGGGUAAAGGGUAGGGAACAUGAUGCGUUGCACUUUACUAGUCCAAGACAGAUGAAUGUGGAAAGGUUGAUGAAGACUCAUUGGAGCUAAUUGGGGUUUACCAUAGGGAAGGCCCAGCCCAGCCUUGGGGCCAAAAGCCCACCCAGAUGAUUGGCCAGUGGCCCCCUAAUGGGACCUGAGCCAUUGAGAGAAGGAGGGCUGUUCUUUGGUCUUCACCAUCCUUGUGAGAGAAGGGCAAUUUCCUACAUUUGGGAACCGGGAGCAAGUGCUCCAUCUUACAUACAAAUUCACUCACCUGCGAUUGAGGUGCUCUUGCUACUGGGUAUCUGUGUGCUCUAAUUCUGGUUGUGGAUAUGUUCUGUAAAGAUUUUGACAAAUGAAAAUGUGUUUUUCUCUGCUAAAACUUGUCAGUGUACUAGAAGUUAUAUCUCUGUAGGUGCAGGUCCAUCUCUGCCCAAGGGCAGGGGUGUUUUUUGUUUUUGUUUUUGUUUUUUUGUUUUGUUUUUGUUUUUGUUUUUUAUUAAGAGUUUGACACUGGGGUCUGUUGACCAGAGCCUCCCAACCCUCAACCAUUUCUAGGUGAAGGCAGAAAAAUCCUUGUUAGUCACUCCUCUAUAGAUAUCUCAGCUGAGGUGACAAAACAUUUGGAAUUCCACCACUCCCCAAAAAAGUGGUAGAUAUUUGAAUUUAGCAGAUAGAGUUUUAGAGUGAAAAUAGGUUCAACUCAGCUUUGAUUUCUCCUUAUUUGAUUUGGCCAGAAAGUAGGUAAUAUGGAUUGACUGGUUUCCAGUCCAAAUUCAGUAGACCAGAGUGCUACAUUUUUUCCUUGCUCCACUUGUGUUUUAGACUUUUAUGGAAUAAAUGAGAAGCUAUGGAAUGGGUGGCCCAUGGGGCCUGAAACCCUACCUAUAUAAGCUGUUUAAGAAGACAGUCAUGUAGCUGCAGAUUCCAUUACCCACCAAAGACUGGAACACACACAUAUUCAUACCCCAAAAGAAAAACAAUUCGAAAAUGUUGCUACUUCUCUGGUGGUGCCCUCCAUGGCUGCUGUCUCACAGUUUGGAAUCCUGUACAGUGCAGAGCAGAGAGGCCAGGCUUGCAUUCUCUGACAACCUUAGCCCUUGGUGCUAACUGUCCUGCAGCUAAGUGCCUCUGGGGUUGUCCUAUCCCAUAAACCACUUGAGUGCUGAGAGCAGCCACCAUCAAGAUGACUGAAGCAAAAGAAAAGAGUUCCUUCACCACCCAGUGACACCUUUCUGCUUUCCCCUAGACUGGAACGUUGAUUAGGGAGUGCCUCGGACAUGAAAUUCUUGUGCUGUCCUUGAGAUUAAUCUGGCAGCAGGAGUGAGCAGACUAUGUAACCAGAGAUAAGAAUUAAUUUUUGAUUUGAAGGAAAAAAAGAGAGAGAAAGAAAGCAAGCAUCAUACAAAGAUUUUUUAAAAAGAAACAAAUUAAUUUUGCUUGAAACUUCUUUCGAAGGGGCUCCGUUCUCACAGUGGCACUUGGCCUCCACUGGGCAACAGGAUCAGCCCCAAGCGCUAGUGUUCUGUUCUCUUUUUGUAAUCUUGGAAUCUUUUGUUGCUCUAAAUACAAUUAAAAAAUGGCAGAAACUUGUUUGUUGGAAUACAUGUGUGACUUUGGGUUUGUCUCUGCCUCUGCUUUCAGAAAUGUCAUCCAUUGUGUAAAAUACUGGCUUGCUGGUCUGCCAGCUAAAACUUGGCCACAGCCCCUGUUGUGGCUGCAGGCUCAAGUUAUUGUUAACAAAGAGACCCGAGAAAAGCUGCUAAUGUCCUCUUAUCACUGUUGUUAAUUUGUUAAAACAUAAAACAAUCUAAAAUUU